UUCUGGCUUCGAUAUCACCCGGCCUAACAGAGUUGCUGAAUCCAACCAGUUUUGUGGUGCGCGAUUUAUAUGUAAAUCAUCGUUGACCAUCGAUGUAAUUAAAAUAAUCGAUCAAUCAUGCACGGAGGAUUUGAUCCUGACAAGAACGAUUCCGCUUCAUUGCGAGAAAAGGUUAAGUUAUCCAAAAACGAAAAAUGGCGCAUCUUGAAAAACAUUACAACGGUUUCCGUUGCGUUCAUGGUUCAGUUCACAGCUUUCCAGGGAACAGCCAAUCUACAGUCGUCGAUCAACGCAAAGGAUGGGCUGGGAACGGUGUCGCUUAGUGUUAUCUACGCAGCGCUGGUCGUGUCUUGCAUAUUCCUACCGACACUCGUAAUUAGGAAGCUAACGGUCAAAUGGACACUGUGCGUGAGCAUGCUCUGUUAUGCACCGUACAUCGCUGCCCAGUUUUAUCCGACAUUUUACACGCUGCUUCCGGCUGGAAUGCUGGUAGGUCUAGGUGCAGCUCCCAUGUGGGCCAGUAAAGCCACCUAUUUGACGCAGUUGGGUCAAGUUUACGCUAAGCUAACCGAGCAGUCUGUCGAAGCCAUUAUAGUGCGCUUCUUCGGCUUCUUCUUCCUAGCUUGGCAAACGGCUGAGUUGUGGGGAAAUUUGAUUUCCAGUUUAGUUCUUUCCAGUGGGGCACAUGGAGGCACCAGUGUGCACGAUGACAAUGCAACCUUCGCGGAUUCGGCACUGGACAAGUGUGGUGCUAAUUUCUGUGUUGUCGAGACUACCGAUAACGCUAACCUCCAGCGGCCACCAGAUUCGGAAAUCUUCGAAAUCUCUGCUAUCUAUCUCUCUUGCAUCAUUGCUGCUGUCGUGAUCAUUGCCUUGUUCAUGGAUCCGCUAUCACGGUAUGGUGAAAAACGACGUGGAUCAAUUUCUGCAGUAGAAGUAUCUGGUAUCCAAUUACUGAGUGCAACAUUCAAACAAUUGAAGAAAGUGAAUCAGCAGUUACUGAUCUUGAUUACCGUCUUCAUCGGUAUGGAACAGGCGUUCAUCGGAGCCGAAUUCACCCAGGCCUACGUAUCUUGUGCGCUGGGGAUUCACCAGAUUGGAUACGUUAUGAUCUGUUUCGGUGUAGUGAACGCCAUUUGCUCGAUCAUCUUCGGAUCGAUAAUGAAGUACAUUGGCCGUAUCGUUAUUAUUUUGCUCGGUGCCCUUGUUCAUGGUGGGGUCAUAAUAUAUUGCCUGUUUUGGAAGCCGCAUCCCGAUCAUCCGCUGGUGUUUUUUGCCAUUUCGGGAUUGUGGGGAGUGGGAGAUGCCGUCUGGCAGACUCAAAUUAAUGGUAUCUACGGAGCACUGUUCCGGCGGAACAAGGAAGCAGCCUUCUCCAACUAUCGGCUUUGGGAAUCUGCUGGUUUCGUGAUUGCCUAUGCCUAUUCCACGCAGCUCUGCGCCCGUAUGAAGCUGUAUGUUUUAUUUGCGGUCUUAGCUCUUGGAAUGGUCGGAUAUGCUAUCGUUGAAAUUCGACAGGCAGCGAAGGAACGCCGGUUGAAGAAGCUCGACGAAACACCCAAGCAGCAGCAGACCGAAUCCGAUCGAAAGGAAAUCGAGGAGGACGACGAAAAGGACGAACUUGAAGAGGAUAUCGUUGUCACCCAUCUGUGAAAUGGUGCUACUCGCAACGUGAUACCACGCAUUGCGUUGGUUGGAUGCUUCCGUUGAAGCAUUGUUGAAUGAUUCCUAUUUAGAAUUACCUAACAAUUAUUUAAAGUUAUAGAAGAAAUGCAUCGAACAAUAUUUGUGCUAGAAAAAUUGAUCAAAUAGUCGAUACGUAGUUUAGAUGAGUUGAUAACAUUCAUUUGCUAUUAGCGCUGAGAUACACUGAGGAUACAGAUGUGAUCCUCCCUGAACAGCAGUAAGGGGCACCGUUAGUGUAUAUAAACCAACGUUGGCAAAAUUUUGCAUAGUAAGAACAGUUUUUGCUUAGUACUAAACCAUCAAGCCAUAAAAGAGCACCUUUUUAGUUAUACCUUCGUUGUGUCGAUGUAACAGGGAUAUUCGAGCUUCUGAAGUGGUAAAUAGAUCUCAUCCAGGCAUGUUCGCACAGUUCAAUUAAUUUCAAACGCAUUUUGAUGAGAGAGUUUGAGAAAAAAAAACUUACAAUAAUUCGUAAGUCCAGAAUGCCAACGA